CGUGACGCGGCCAGACAUUGUCGCAACUUGGGCCUGUGACUGGAUACAGAGCGAGUUGUUGCUGCUGUUCCCACGGUGUGUGUGUGUGUGAGUGAGAGAGCGCUGUGUAGUGCAGGGCAAGGAGACCAGCCAUCAAGCCGCCCUUGUCAGCGCCGAGAGACACUUUCAAAAAUGCCGUGGGAGCACCUGCAAGAUUAAGAUACAGAGUGGAACUACAGUUGCAAGGAGCUGAUUGCAUUAUUGUUGGAUGCCAUUUUGGACCGACAGACUUGUGAGAACAAAGUAGUGUUGUCCAGGAGGCUGCAACGUCAACAACACGAAGGACCACCAUAUUAAUUUUUCUUCAGAAUGGACAUCGUAACAGAUUGCAAACAGAAUCUCUCGAAUGAGAUUUACCGACUUGAAACAUUUGAAAACUUUCCAUCAGCUGUUCCAGUGAGUGACAGGACAUUAGCCAGAGCGGGCUUUUUCUACACCGGCUACAAGGACCAGGUUAAAUGUUUCAGCUGUGGUGGGACAAUAGAAAACUGGCAACAUGGCGAUUCUGCUGUGAGGAAGCACAGGCAGCGUUUCCCAGCUUGUCCGUUCAUUAACGGCCUGUGGUUAAACGAACAAGUGUCAAACUCCAGUUGUUCAGUCGCGUCUCGGGGUGAAAAUCAAUGUUCUUCCAUAAACGGCCCCUCCAGGCAUCCCAACGGCAACCACCAGUUUCCCGGCGAUCCCGUGAGAAGCGGAGGCAUUGAAGACAUGUCCCACCUGCGGCCGAGAAAUCCCACCAUGUGCAGUGAGGCGGCAAGACUGAAGACCUUCACCAACUGGCCCAGUUAUGGCAUUGUAACCCCAAGAGACUUGGCCAAGGCGGGACUAUACUACAUUGGCAAAGACGACCAUGUUCAGUGCUUUUGUUGCGGUGGCUUAAUGAAAAAUUGGGAACCAGGGGAUCGUGCCAUGUCUGAGCACAAGAGGCAUUUUCCCGGCUGCUCUUUUGUUUCUGACCUCUCGGUUGGAAAUGUACCAAUUGAUUUGAAUUGUGGCACCACGGACGUUCACCAGCACGUUAAAGAUGAGCCAAGAGCGAGCCCCUUUCAUCUCCCCAAACACCCAGAGAAACAGUCCUUUGAUUCUCGGCUUCAAACGUUCCGAAACCAAAUGCAGUUCCCGCUUAAUGCUGAAGAUCUUGCAGGAGCUGGAUUUUACAACACAGGUGACGGUGACAACGUGAAAUGUUUUCACUGCGAUGGAGGCCUUAGAAAUUGGGAACAUGGUGACAAGGCCUGGGAGCAGCAUGCAAAAUGGUUUCCAGGGUGUGAUUUCCUGCUUCAACAGAAGGGCCAAGACUUUAUUAAUGAUGUUCACUUGAAGAAAAUCAAUGAGCAUUCCACGAAUCGAGCUCUGCCACAAGAUGGGCUUUCUCCUCAUUCUGAAUCCGCUUUUUCAGAAAGCUCAUUGAUGCAGAGUCCCGCCGUUUUGGGUGCUCUUGAGAUGGGAUUUGACAAGAUGCUGAUAAUGCAACUGGUGAAAAAGAAAAUUGAAGUGGCGCGUGAUACGUACAAGUCUGUGGAUUCCCUGGUUGGAGAUCUUCUGGCUCCCGAGGUAAAACCACAAGAUCAGGAACACUAUGGGCAGAAAGAAGCGACAAAUGUUGAAGAACAACUGAAAAAACUGAAGGAAGAGAAGGCCUGUAAAAUUUGCUGGGAUCGAGAUGUUUGCAUUGUCUUUCUGCCUUGUGGCCAUAUCGCCACGUGCAAAGAAUGUUCCUCUGUAAAGACUUGUCCAAUUUGUUGUUCCAAAAUUCUGGAGCGAGUUAGAAUAUACAUGGCUUAAUAAAUACAGGAGCAACUUGAAUAAGCAAGUUCUGAAAACAUUUAGAUUUAAAAGAAAAUGACUUUGACAUUCCCUGUUUAACAUAUUUUAUGCAGUGAUGGAUUCAAAUCAUUAUAUUAUAGAUUUAAUGGUAUUCAAAUUAAUUGUAACAAUAAUACUUGGCUAUCUAAGCAAUAUGUACAAUUUAAAGUAAAAUUUGACUUUGGUUUGAAAAGACCAUUGAUCAGAUGCUUUGAUAUUUUAAUGAAACAUGUGUUAGAGGAUUUUUGCAGUGGUGUCCUUUAAGAAGUGGAAUAUUUUGAAAGGACUUCUGAGAUCUUGGAAGUUUGGAAUAUUCAACGCAUGUAAUUUUAAUAUAAUGGAAAUUGACAUUUGGACACUCGGGGUGAAGAACUGCAUUGAACUAAAGAGUUACUUUAUAGAACCUCACAAAAUAUUCAGUUCUGGUCAUGUUACCUGUAGUCAUGCAGCAACUCUGCUUGUAACAAAGAGGUGGUGGUGGAAUUGCCAUGUGGUGACUUUGUGAUGUUCGAUCCACUGUGCAUAUUCUGAUCUAUAUUUCAAAAUGCUUUCAUUUAGUUAAAGAAGAUGCUAUUAAAACAAACUGAGGGUGAAAAAAACAGGAAUUCUCAGCUCCGUCCCCGGUUAAUAACAAUAUAGUGAAAUCUUUGUUCAGGAUUAGCGCUGAGAAUGAACUGUUGUUUAGUAAAGCAGAGCUCAAAGUACUUUAAGUAUAAAGGUAGACAAAGGUAGGCAGAUUUUCCAUCAUCUACAGUUCCUUCUUAAACAUUAAGUAUAAAGGGGUUGAAUUUAAAUGCAACAAUGGAGAAACAGCAGACGGGCCAACUGUGGUAACAAUGGCCGGUGUUACGAGAGUUGUAUCUGAUGUUCAAUCUUGGAUUGUACAACAGCAACUGUUCUGAGCAAAUCAUUACAGCUGUCAUCUGUCCAAGGCCAUUAGGGAUGGUAACACUCUGGCAAACCUGACAACGUACAGGAAGGAACUGCUGGUUUAAACUGAAGAUAGACACAAAAAGCUGGAGAAACUCAGUGGGUCAGGCAGCAUCUCUGGAGAAAAGAAAGAGGUGAUAUUUUGG